GUUUGAAUGAACCCAUUUCUAUCGGUUUUUUUUCCAUCCCAAAAGCUAGUUUUUACCGGUCAGUCAUGCAGACGUGGAGUCUCGUGUCAAUUUGCGUUUUACUCGGCGUUGUAGUGAGAUGGGGAGUGUCGCUGAAUUCAUAUUCAGGGGCGGGGAAACCUCCCAUGUUUGGCGACUAUGAAGCCCAAAGGCACUGGCAAGAAGUGACCUACAACCUCCCUCUUCAGGAAUGGUACUUCAACACCACUGACAAUGACUUGAACUACUGGGGCCUUGACUACCCUCCUCUCACCGCCUACCACAGCUGGAUCUGUGCUUAUAUAGCCAAGAUUAUAAACCCCGACUGGGUGGAGCUCCACAAGUCCAGAGGUUAUGAAAGUCCAACGCACAAACUCUUCAUGAGAACUACAGUCUUGGUGGCAGACUUGCUGGUAUACAUCCCUGCUGUGGUUUUAUACUGUUUAUACCUGACUGAUGGAUCCUCGAAGAAAAAGGUUUCCACUCUGUUGUGCUUUCUACUCUACCCAGGACUUAUUCUCAUUGACUAUGGCCAUUUCCAGUACAAUGGCGUGAGCCUGGGAUUUGCUUUGUGGGGGAUUCUGGCUCUGGGUCUGGGCUGGGAUGUCUCGGGCUCCAUGGCCUUCUCCCUGGCGCUCAACUACAAACAGAUGGAGCUGUACCACGCUCUGCCCUUCUUCUGUUACCUGCUGGGGAAGUGCAUCAAAGUCGGCCUGAUGGGGCGAGGGCUUUUCCUGCUGGUGAGAAUUGCUGCGACAGUGUUGGCGACUUUUGCCCUCUGCUGGUUGCCCUUCUUGUCCGACCCCAGCCAGGCCUUGCAGGUGGUCAGGAGGAUCUUUCCCGUGGCUCGUGGUCUGUUUGAGGAUAAGGUGGCCAACACAUGGUGCAGCCUCAACACCCUGAUAAAGAUCAGAUCCAUUCUGUCGGGCGAUUCUCAGCUCUACCUCAGUUUAGCCUGCACUCUCCUGGCAGUUCUACCUUCCUCGUUCAGACUGCUGACAAAACCUACCUUCUGGCACUUUAAGCUGGCUCUGGCCAAUUCAUCUCUGGCAUUUUUCCUCUUCUCCUAUCAAGUCCACGAAAAGUCCAUCCUGUUGGCUGCCUUACCUGCCUGCCUCCUGCUCAAUGACCUCCCCUUGGUGGCCAUUUGGUUCCUGCAGGCCUCGACAUUUAGCAUGCUGCCUCUGUUUCUGAAGGACGGCCUGCUGGUGCCCUACGCUGUGACCUCCUUGGCCUUCCUCUUCCUCAGUAUCUAUCUAUUGUCUGCACUGGAUCACUGCUCAGAGGACGAGCUGAGACUGGGAGCCUACAACAAGCUGUUUUUCUGUCUACCCAGAAUGGACCUGGCUCGUAUAGUGAGAUGGAAGUUCUACAUCAGCGUCGCUGUCAUGGCUGGCUUGAGCAUCGUCAGCGUCGCACUGGUCCCUCCACCACAUCUACCUGACUUGUUCCCUGUCAUGCUGUCUAUGGCUGCGUUCCUGCACUUCUUUGGAACGUUUGUUUAUUUCCACGUUGUCCAGUUUAGCGGGCCACCCAGCAGAAAGAGCCAGAAGAAGAAUAACUAACUUGUGCCAAUGUUACACUCUGAGGUAUAUCUGCUCUUAAUGUGCAAGAGCCUUUCACACAUGCUGUUACGUACCAAAUACAAAGCAGCACAAAUGCUUAUGAGGUGUCCUGUUGGUUAGAAAAUGACUGUACUAUACACUUUAGAGGAGUUCUGAUAUCAAAUGAAAGGAAACGGUUCUAGUAUUUUUCCAGUUUAACUGCUUUUGUGCAGCACCAAGAUACAUAUUCCCUGUAACAAAAGCUCAGUCAUUCCAUUUAGCUUCACUAAAUAUGGCUAAAAUCAUGCAAAACAACCCUGCCUUUUUGAAUUGUAUUCGCCUAGACCAUUGAUACACAACCUGCAGGCUUAUCGUCCAGGUACACACGCGCAUUGUGCAGCCUCAGUAUCUGAGUAUAGAUAGCCCUGUGCCUGUAUGCUCAAUCUACAGGAGGUGGCCACAAUAAUAAGAACACCUGGUGUAAUGUUUAGUUAUUGUUGGGACCAGAGAGAUGUUGAUUUAAUUUUGUGGUAAAAGUCAUGUCGGUGCUGGGUUUAAUCACAUUCUAAGGUGUUCCUGUUAUUUUGUCCACCCCCUGUAUGUCCUCAGGGGAUUCUGAUUAAACACACGCCUGAUAGACUUUACUCAGGUCUUGCAGUGUUGAUCAUUUUGUAUUCAUGUGAACGCUUUUUUUUUUUUUUUUUUUUUACAGUUUUCUACUGUACAUUUGUACCCAUCAUUAAAGUUAUUUUGUACAAACUUAGUUUUUUGUGAAAAUAAAUCAAAUUUCUCUACGUCCUAAA